UAUUACACUGUUGAAAUAGGAUCAAAUUUACUAAAUUGUAAUGCCUUCAUUAAAUACGUGUUUAUAGUCACACACCCACAAAUGCAUGUAGUAUGGUCAAAUUGAGCUGGUAACAUGUGCCUUUCAAAUCAUUAAGGCAAGAAAGCAAAAAACAAUAACUUUUAAAUACUCUCCUUGGGAAAUGAAUACGACAAAUGUGGGAUGUAGGGCCUUAUGAGUAUAGGGCCUUAAACUGUGUUCCUAUAAUGUUUUAGCGUUCCAAGUGUUUAGUAGGAGAUGGUCACGUGCUGCAUCAACAUUGAGCAACAGUGUUGCAGCCAGAGUAAAGAACCAUUCAUAAAGAAUGUGACAUAAGCCCGUUGCCAGAUAGGAAUUUGACAUGUGUUAUAUAAGAGUUUCUAAACCAUGUUGAUAUAAGCAGGGACAUUUAACUUAUUUAAAAGUACAUAACUAUAGCUACUCUACCCUUCAAUCAGCAUUGCCAUGCAUGCAGUCGACAAGACAUAACAUUGUAUUUCUUCCCUGCUGUAGCUUAUACAAAGUUGAAUUUCCAAUAUGGUAGAGAGGUUGUUGUUGGACUGUGGACUGUUGUCAUGUCCCCGCAGUGCCUGUAGUGGUGCUGUGAGGAGUCUGCUGUGGACUAAUCUAAAAUCCUCAGCAGCUCCCACCUGCUAAUGUUUGCUGUGGAUAAUCUACAUUUACAUGCAUCAGUAUUUUCAAUGAUAUUGCAUUCAGAUAGGAACAUUAUUAGUUACUUAAAAUAUCGAAUAUCGAUGCACAAAUAGGCGAGCUGGUUGUAAUAGGCACUUCUACUCUAUCAGGAGCGAAUACCUUACACAGCCUAUACAAAUUGAAGCUGAUGUUCUCAAGGACCAGAGUCACGUGAUGUAUGAGGGCAAACACAUCCACUUCUCGGAGGUGGACAAUAAGCCAUUGUGCUCAUACAGCCCAAAGCUCUGCAAGCAGCGCAGACUCAAUGGCUAUGCCUUCUGUAUCCGUCAUGUCCUGGAGGAUAAGACCGCUCCCUUCAAGCAAUGUGAAUAUGUGGCCAAGUACAACAGCCAACGAUGCACCAACCCCAUCCCCAAGUCUGAGGACCGCAGAUACUGUAACAGCCACCUCCAAGUCCUUGGCUUUAUCCCCAAGAAGGAGCGGAGGAAGAAACACAAUGCAUUGGAGGAGAUGCGCUCAACACCUCACCUGGAGUCAGUGGCUCUUAACAUAACUGUACCCUCGCUAGCUCUGAAGGCCUCCAAUGGCCUGGACGAGCUGCCGCCCUCUCCACCCUGCAUCCGUCUGCUACCCCUCCCAGAUGGGGAGCUCCUGGACCCUUUUGCCUUCUACGAGGAGGACACUGAUGGGGAAGAGGGCCCUCCUCGGAAGGGCUCCACCGUCAGGAACAAACUACACAGUCGACUGGUGCUCAGCCAGAAACUCCAGCUCCCCCAUCACGACAAUGCCCUCCUCCAACCACCUCCGGAGCACUUUAGCCCCUCUCCUCUUACCUGUGUGCACCGCUCUUCACCCCUCCAUCCUCAUCUUCCCUGUCAGCAGCAGACAGGACUCCUCCAGCCCUCCACUAUACCUUCGUUUGUCCUCCCUGGACAGCUGCAGACAGGACUCCUCCAGCCCUCCACUAUACCUUCGUUUGUCCUCCCUGGACAGCUGCAGGGUUUAUUAUGUAAGCUAGCUCCACCUCAGAUUCCCGCCUUUCUGCCUGUCGGACUGCCGCCCAACACAGCUCCCAGUCCGCUGCAGUCCUCCUGUCCCCCCCUCGGCAGUAAAGCUCUGUUCACUGCCACGCACUUGCCAUCCAGUAGCUGGGACAGCACUCAGCGUCAUUUGGUGGCCAUGCGUCCGGCUGCCUUCUCACCUCCCCUUGCCUGCAUGGCAAGGUUACAGCAUCUGGUGCAGCUCUGCACCCAAAGACAUCAGGAGCAUGGAGACCUCUUCCAUCAUCUAGGGUUGGACUGGUCUGAAGACAGUUCAGAGGAUGAUGAAGUGGAGGCAGAGAGAGUUCCACCCUAUCACAAUGCCUGGAGACUACAGGAAGGACACCUUCGGGAUGUCUCAGAUGAAGAUGCUGGCGGCUCGCGGAGAACGCGGCUGGCUCGGCUGUGCUCAUACCUCCAGGAGAAAUACAAGCACCUGUGCAGGCAGGAGAGGGCUACCAUGCGCCAGAAGAAAUACCACUAUGCCUUCCGCAAAGCCCUGUUGCGCGCCGCCAGUAAAGACCCUGACUGUGCUGGCCAGUUGAUUCAGAAGUUGCGCAAGGUCUCCCAGACCUCAAGUGCGCCAGGGCAGCAGGAGACGGGAAUCUGCACUGGAAGCACCAAGGGCCAGGCAUGUAGCAGCCGAGCUCUACCCUUCACCCGACACUGCUUCCAGCACAUUCUGUUGAAUCGCUCCCAGCAGCUCUUCUCCAGUUGCACAGCCAAAUUUGCAGAUGGACAACAGUGCUCCAUUCCUGUGUUUGACAUCACGCAUCAGACACCGCUCUGUGAGGAGCAUGCCAAAAAGAUGGACAAUUUCCUGCGUGGAGACGGUAACCGAAGAGUGCAGCACCAGCAGCAGCAGCAGCAGCGAAAGCCGCGUAAGAAGACCAAACCGCCUGCACUCACCAAGAAACACAAGAAGAAGAGGAGGAGAGGGCCGUGGCGGCCCCAGAAGCCCAUCCCACCGGCGCUGCCCCAGGGGAACCUGGGAAUGCCUUCCUCCUCCAGCCUGACCAUGCCCACCCAGGCCAACAUCAGGAGUCCCUCGACGCCUGAACUGAGCACUGAUGAACUUCCCGAUGACAUCACCAAUGACAUGUCAGACAUUCCAAACGACCUCGAGCUGAACCAGGAGGAUUUCUCGGACGUGUUACCCAGGCUCCCCGAUGACCUUCAGGACUUUGACUUGUUUGAAGGUAAGAAUGGGGAGCUGCUUCCCACCACAGAGGAGGCAGAGGAGCUGGUGAGAGCACUACAGGCUGGGCUGAUGGGCUCCUACCCAGACUCCCUGGUGUGCCUGACCUCCAUGGCGGAGAUGGCGCAGGCAGAUGGCGUGGACCACCGGGCCAUGGCAGCAGUGUUCCCUGGGCCAGGGGUCCAGCCGGGGGGGAUGGGGGACCUGCUUAACGGCCGCAUCCCCGUAGAGAACUUCUCCAAUCUGGAGCUGGAGGACAACCUGCUGCACUCUGCUGGUGGCCACUUCUCCCCCUCGGUGUCUCCUCAGCAGCCCCCUGCCCAAGGCCAGACUCCUCCCUCGGGACCCAGCCUCACCUCCUCCACCCGCACAGUCCCCCGGACACACCCGCCCCACAUCUUGGCCAAGCCGGAGGCGCCCACAUCGUCUCCUCAGGGCAACCAUUACUGCAGCGAGCAUGUACCAUCCCCCUACAACGACCACAUGUCCUCUCCCCACUCCACCUCCUUUCAGACUGACUCUCCUCUCCUGCUGGAGGUACCAAGUACCCCACGCUCCUCCUGGAACAACCUCCCCCUGGCCCUCACUGACCCCACACAGUUCGGCAACCUCAUCAGACCAGAGGGCCACCUCGUAUCCACCUCUCUGUCCACUCCCCCCUCCUCCCACUCUGUGACCCUACAGCCCAUGGCUGCCCUCUCAGCGUUGCCCCAGAGCGGCUUGACGGGCUUGACUGCGCUCCCCGCCCCCUCGCCACCACACGACCUCUUGAUUUCCACCCUUCCCAAGCAGCAGCUCCCUCAGUUCAGUGCUGCCUUCGGCCACCAACUGGCCUCCCACAGUGGCAUCCCCAAGGACGUGCAGCCCAGUCACAGCUCCACAGCGCCCCCCACUGGCUUCUCCAUAGCUAGUGCCACCGCUGCAAGUGCCAACAGUGCAACGCCCCCCUUUCCACACAGUAACUAGAGCAAGCCGUGCACAGUACAAUGGCUGUAGGUCAAACCGUGGACUCUAGAAACGUAUUCACCCAGUGUCCAUUCAUUUCCCUUCUGCUUCAAGUGUGCACCUAACGCUUCACUAUUCUACUGGAAUUUGCACAACCUCAGAUAUUCCUUAACCGUGUAAUGAUUUGGUGGUAAUAUAGCCAGUUGGCCACCUGAAAGGGUCCAGUGGUUUGAUGUAAACGCAGCUCCCGAGUUUCGCCAGCAGGGGGCAGAGUGUGUGUGUGUGUGUGUGUGUGUGUGUGUGGAGGGAGGUGGUUCAGUAGAAACAUCAAAUGUUAUUUGUCACAUGCUUGGUAAACAACAGGUGUAGACUAACAGUGAAAUGCUUACUUACGAGUUCCUUUUCCAACAAUGCGGAGUUCAAGAUACAAUAGAAAUAGUGACACGAGGAAUACAUGGAUUGAUGUGGGGGAACAUUGAAGGAUGGACUUUAGGAGAGAUUAUUUAUAUCCUAGUGAAAACGACAGUGCUAGAGAAUACGGAGACAAAGCGUCAAUCAAUGGUCAAUUAAAAAAAUAAAAUAAUAAUAUUGCCAGUUUAGUCGUGUCUGACAUCCAUGAACAACACUCCCAUGUGUAUUAUUUGGACAGUGAAGCUAAAACUUUUAAUUUGGCUCUAUACUCCAGCAUUUUGGAUUUGAGAUUAAAUUAGAAACAAAAGCACUUUAUGUGUAUGUAUCUAGACUCCGAUUUGAAUGUGUCAUAAGUAUUUGGACUAAUUCACUUGUGUAUUAAAGUAGUCAAGUUUAGUAUUUGGUCCCAGUUUCCUAGCACACAUCAAGCUUGUGGCUGCAUUCUAGUUUGUUUUGUUGAUGCUUCAGAUUAUGUUGUGCCCCCAUAGAAAUGAAAAGUAAAUCUUGUAUGGUCACUUUUAUAUAUAGAAUGUUUCUAAACACUUCUACAAAAAUGUGAGUGAGUUCGAGGCACAAAGUUUAUACUCCCAAGACAUGAUAACUGGAUGUUAGCAUUUUAUAUCAUACCCACAAGACAUGAUAACGGGAUGUUAGCAUUUUAUAUCAUACCCACAAGACAUGAUAACGGGAUGUUAGCAUUUUAUAUCAUACCCACAAGACAUGAUAACGGGAUGUUAGCAUUUUAUAUCAUACCCACAAGACAUGAUAACCCCUCUCCAUUACCGGGAUGUUAGCAUUUUUUGGUGUUCGUAUGAUAUUUAUGCCUCUUAACUUUCUCACUCAUUAUUCAUGGUUAACUGUAAUCAUGGUAUUUUAUCUUUAUUAUUUAACUAGGCAAGUCAGUUAAGAACAAAUUCUUAUAUUCAAUGACGGCCUAGGAACAGUGGGUUAACUGCCUGUUCAGGGGCAGAACGACAGAUUUGUACCUUGUCAGCUCGGGGAUAUGAACUUGCAACCUUCCGGUUACUAGUCCCAACGCGCUAACCACUAGGCUACCCUGCCGCCUCCACAUUUAAUGUAGAAUGUUGUGUUCAGAAACAUUAUUUACCAUUUUAAUAUGAAUGGGGCACAAAAUAAUCUGAAACGCACAUUUUAAAUGCAUCCAACAAGUUUGUAGAGUCACAAGGUUGAUGUAAUCAUUGCGUGCUACGUUACACCUUUUGACCACUUUAAUACACAAGGGAAUUUUUCCAGAUACUAAUGAGGGGCACUAGAUACAUGACGUGUUUUCAUUUCUAAACGGUAAAACGGAUGUGUGUGAAUGUAUCCUCAAAUUCAAGGUGACAUUCUGUUGCCUCGUACGAAACAGUCAAAUUAAACGUCUCCUCAAAUCCAAAAUGCUGGAGUAUAGAGCCAAAUUAAACGUUUUCUCUUCACUGUCCCAAAUAAAUACGUAGGGUAGUGUACCCUGCCUUGCUAUGGUCAUUGCGUGGGUUCAUCUGUUCCAUUCACCUUUUUGAAAGAGAUUGUAAGGUAGGUCCUUGUAUGCGGGUGACCCAUUGUGAAGCAACAGAGGAAAUGGCUCCGCCAUCUUACCAUGGUGUAGUCCUGUCCUCCAUCACUUAACAGAGAAUUUGGCCAAACCACUUUUAAACAGCGUUUUAUUUUCAAUAUAUUGUGUAUAUAUUUGCUCUAUUAUUGGGUCACUCAGAAACGUAAAAGAUCUAUUGACCUCACCAUUGUGGGACUCCUUAUGGGUGCCCUAUUAGCCACUUGAAGGUAAAUUGUGUUACUUUAAGCAAUAAACACAUUGGCACACACUCUUGUCACAGUGUUGAAUUGGUCUCCACUUUAUGUAUCUUCACUAUGUAAUCCAAAAACCGAUGUGGACCAGAUAUGUUUGGGCCUGUGUAACUCUCUGUGACAUAAACCGUUUGUUCUAAAUCAAGUCUGACCUGUCUGAGUAGAGAGAGACUGUAACUGACCAUUGAACAGGAUGCUUCUCUUAGGUCAUACUGAGUAGUUAUUGCAAGGGGCCAAAUCCAUGGGCUCGGGUGUCCACAACUCUCCAUGGUGCUCUUGCUAUAUAAUGGCAUCUUAAAAGGACAUUCAAGGAUAUGGUCCCAUCUAGAUAGAAACUACUUAAGGAACCUGGGGGGGUAUACACUGAGUAUACCAAACAGUAGGACACCUUCCAAAUAUUGAGUCCCCCCUCCCUCUCUCUCUUUUAACUCUCAGAAUGUCCUCAAUUUGUCGGGGCAUGGACUCUACAAGGUGUCAAGCGUUCCACAGGGAUGCUGGACCUUGUUUGAUGUCCUUUCGAUGGAGGACCAUUCUUGAUACAUGAGAAGCUGAGCAUGAACCUAGCAGUGCUUCAGUUGACUCAAACCGGUGCGCCUGGUACCUACUACCAUAACCCCGUUCAAAUGCACUUACAUCUUUUGUCUUGCCCAUUCACCCUCGGAUUGUGUACGUGUGCCAUUCAAUGUCUCAAUUGUGAUUGAGGCUUAAAAAUCCCGUAACCUGUCUCCAUCCCUUCAUCUACACGGAUUUGAAGUGGAUUUAACAAGCGACAUCAUUAAGGGAUCAUAGCUUUCACCUGGUCCGUCUGUCAUGGAAAGAGCAGGUGUUCUUAAUGUUUUGUCCACUCUGUAACUCCCCCCUCAGUAAAGGACCAGAAAGUCAUCUUUCACUAGUCUAGCUGUGUAUAUGGAUACGUAGGAUGGGUAUAUGGACAUGUGAAAUGAUGCCCCCUUUGUUUUAGCAUCUUAUCUGUUUUGUGUGUUAAGUGUGACACCAUUGGCGUAAACUGGUGCAAUGAGCAUUUCUGAGGUAUAGAUAGCACUGUCUGUUGUACUAAAUAAAUACAUAUUCUCAGGUGCAUUAUGGUCAAUGAAGCAUGGGUUUCAAUGUUAACUGUUAAGGAAUGAGGAUGGAAUUAACCAGACAACUCUGCCCUGUCUGGUUUUAAACUCUACAGUAGUAAAUCAUGGAUUUUUAUUUUUAUUUAUUUUUAGAAACGGAAAGACUACUCAUUGUUAAGUAUUAGAUAUAUUUAUAGGGUAGAGGUCUCUACAGUUGAGGUUUUAUUGUGAGUUAAUGAGUGGCAAUGGAUUGAAAAAUGAAGUCAGUCUUUUGUGAUACGCUUGAUGGACACCUUUUUGUGGAACACCCCUUGUUUUAACGGCGAUCAAAACUCUUGUAGUUUCUCUUCAAAGUGAAAUGAUCGAUUGUUUGUGUACAUUGUCAUUUAGCUAACCAAACUGGCAAAAUGUCUAAUGUAAGACAGUAUUUUUGAUAGCUAUUAAACUCUGGCAAGUAGUUGCUGCUGAGAGACUGGGGUUGCAUGGCGAGACAACUUUACAGCUGAGUGCAAGGCCACAACAUUUCUCCCUUAUUGUGAUUAGCAGAUCUCUUGUUAGCAGUAAAUCAAGCCAUAGCAUUAUUUUUUCUCGCAUAUAUGUAUGUGUGUGUGUAUAUAUAUAUAUAUAUAUAUAUAUAUAUAUAUAUAUAUAUAUAUAUAUAUAUUGCACAUAACAGCACCCGUAUUAAUUUUGGAUUUGGAACACACCCCUGACCUGCUCUAAACAGCACUGUGGGAGGCCAGAUACUCCCAGUAAGCAUCGUGCCUUUUGUCAUGAUGCGAAAAACUAACAGCUGCCAUUAACUGCACACACACUGCUUAGAACCGAGCAGGCCCCACUUUCAACUGUGAGAAGGCCUAGUUAUUUCAAAGAGACCGACAUUACCAGAGCAGAUGCUUCAAGUUUCAGUUUCUUUUUUUGCUUGACCACAGCAUUGUUCCUAGAUGUACAGCCCCUAGGAAAUAGGUGGGCUGGAAUGUUUUCUUGAAUUUUCGCAAGCAAGGCGACACUGCUGUAUUCACAAAAGCAUGAGAUUAGAUUCAUUGCAGUUUGACUCCUCACCAACCAUAUAGAACAAACUAAGCAGGGCUCUGUAGGCACUUGUAACUGCUUGAAAUCUGAGAGAUUGGCUGACAAAUCCCUAUACUCAUUGAAUGUACUGUAUUACUGUUUUUAAAGAUGAUAGGAUGAGCUAAUAAUAAUCUAGUCACCUUUUGUUAUCGGUCCUUGUAUAAUUUGUCUAAGGUAUUUUUUUUGUAUACAAAGGUUUACAUUUUUAUGUCUAUUUUUCUUGUGUACAAAUGAUGUAAUAUGUGUAUAAACACUGUAUGGAAUGUGUAUAUAGUGUGAUAAAAUGUGAUCUUUUGUUUUUGGAUGUAUAAAUAAAACUUGCUGUGAGGUA